AAAAGAUUAUAGUACUACUAAAAACAAAAAGAAAAAAAAUGCAGAAGAAUGUGACAAAGUAGAACUAUAACUUUACAAUGUUUAUUCAUUCUGCAAGAUUAUUUCAUAGUAUUCAAUUUGUAGUAUUGUAUUAAAAGUGUAAUCGGACAAUAAUUUUGAGAGGGAGGAAGUGUUAGUUCUAGGAAGAGGGACCAGGAUGUGUCAGUCUCAUCACUCAUGCAUGCAGGCACUACCCAAUUAUAAAUGCCAUUCUUACUAAUCUCUAUUUCUCUUCCCUAUAAAUAUUCUCUUCUUUCUUCCCCUGUUUCUUCACUCUUCCCCAAGUUAUUAUAUUUACACCAAUUACAUUCUUCUCCAUUGCAGCCGAAAUUACUACUAAUACUACUAUCUGGCGUUCCUAAUUCCACAAUGAACAAUUGGUUCCGCGGUCUACAAAAUCUAUCAUCCAGAUGCAGAGAAUGCGUCUUUUCUAAUUGUUUUUUCAACCAACUGAUAAUCUGUUUCGAAACAGGGCUUCUAGUUUCAGUGUUGAAACGAACCGCUAUGUCUCUGCUUACCUGCAUUCUUGCAUUAGGGGGAGCAAGCGUAGGGACGAUUUCAGGGGCAAUUAAAGGGCAAACCACAGAAACAGGGCUUUUUCGAGGGGCCGGAGUAGGUGCGGUCACUGGAGCCAUCACGGGCGUCCAGUUGCUGGAGCUGAUGGUCAACGGAGAGCCCUUUUCCAAGGUUGCUUUGAUAUGUAGUCUUGUAAACGGGAAAAUAUUCAUGGAGUGGGUCAGUCCUGCUGUUCUUAAGGCUUAUCAAUGGCAAAUUAGCAAUAUGGACACGAGUUUGAGGGAAAUUUCGGACAUUUUUGAGGUCAAUGGAACAAGGGGCUUAUCUCAUGAAGCUAUAAGGGAUCUAGCCAAGUAUAAAUUUCGCCCAAAUGGAAUGGAGACCAGCCAAGAAACAACUUGUGCAAUUUGCUUGAUGGUAAUCCUUUUUCUGGGGCUUGUACAAUGAAAGAAUUAAAUGGUGUUUACUUUAUUGUUUGCUCAGCUUAUGUUUAUAUAAUAUAAACCAAAAUUAAAUGGGAAUGGAUUCCGACCACGUACGAGGAAUCAACUUGACCAAAUUGCUUUCGUGCUAAUCCUUUUGAGUCUGUGGCAAAUAAAAAGAGGAAGAAAAAAGAAUAUGAUGCCUAAUGUCUAGUUUAAAUGAACCCUAAAAGACAAUGUAAAUGAGAUUCGGACCACUUACGAAACCAACUAGUCCAAAUUGGUUGACUUAAUAUAUCUUUCUUUGUCGUCUUGCAACAAUGAAAGAAAGAGUGUUUAUUUACUCUGAUUUUAAUAAGGAUAUAUUACUGCUUCCGUCCCAAAAAAAUAAGUCCACAUUAAAUUUUCAAAUUUAUACUAAAAAUAGUAGAAAAUAUAAAAAUCAAUUUGAAUUAUUUUUAUAGGACGGAGGGAAUAUAUUUUUAUUAUUUAGAAUAUCACAUAGGUGAUGUUUUAAUUAAAAUUCUGAUAUACAAUUGAAAAUCAUUACAGGACUUCAAGAAUGGAGAGUCUGGGAGGAUGAUGCCAGUGUGUAGACAUUGUUUCCACGUCAACUGCAUUGAUGAAUGGUUACGCCGACAUGGGAGUUGUCCUGUUUGUAGAAGAGAGCUUCAAGUUUAGCUAAAAGAUGAUGUAAUAAUUGUAUCAAUGACGGAUCGCUAAAGAUUAUUGACCUCUCGAUGAAUAAUUAAGCCCAUGUGAUUUUUGAUGAAUAUGAUCAUCAAUAUAAUAUACUCCAUCCUUCCCAAAAAAAAAUAGUCCAGUUUGAAAAUGUACAACUUUUUUAAUUUAGUUAAAACACCAAAUGUACAACUCAUUUUAUACCCAUAACUUCCACUAAUGCCCGUUCUAGU